AUGGAUUCAAGACAAGAUGAAAGCAAUAGUCCAGCGGAAUGUAUGUAUGAUGAUGAUACAUUUUUCUUGGAAGAUUUCACGGACUGGCUACGACUACAAAUUGCUCAACCCUCUGGUAUCACUAUGUCACCGAAUACGGACCAUUUACAAGAAACUUCCAACAUGACUGAAUAUAAUUAUGAAACUGCUGAACUCUCUAUUAUCGAUGUGUCAACAAAUACGGACAGGCUACAUGAAAAUUCCAACAUGUAUGAUGGUCCUCAAUAUAAUUAUGAAACCGCUGGACCCUCUGGUAUCGCUGCGUCAACAAAUAUGGACAGGCUACAGGAGAAUUCCAACAUGUAUGAUGGUCCUCAAUAUAAUUAUGGAACUGUUGGACCCUCCGGUAUCGCUGCGUCAACAAAUAUGGACAGGAUACAGGAGAAUUCCAACUUGCAUGAUGGUCCUCAAUAUAAUUAUGGAACUGCUGGACCCUCUGGUACCGUUGCGUCAACAAAUAUGGACAGGCUACAGGAAACGUUCGACAUGUUUGAUUAUCGGGGCCCUCCAAAUAAUCAUGAAAACUAUAAACAAGAUGCGCCAUCUUAUUCUACUCAGCUUGACAUUCAAAUUUCAACAAAAUAUGUGAACAUUUCGCAAGUAGAAAUUACAGCUCCAUACAGCAUGCCUGAUCAUCCAAAAAUAUAUGACUGUAAUCAAGCCGAGAAAUUUGGCGAUUUUACCGAACCUUAUAAACGUGGAAGAUCCCAAUCUGGCAAAAGCGAAAAAUCUAACUACGAAAGAGACGUAAACGAAGGAGGUUUCAAUCCAGUAUUUCUACGAAUAGAUCAGGAUUAA